AUGUGUUCCCAGGUUCUGCAAAGGGGCUGUCGAUCCGUCGAAAUUGAUGUUUGGGACGGAGAAUCAGAGACCCCCAGCUCCAGCGAGGACGAAGCGGACAGCGACAGCAGUAGCAGCGAUUCCGAGAGUGAAGAUCAGAGCGGACGCAUGGAUAUAGAAAGAGCCGAGUCGAAAGCUAAUCGGCAAAAGCCCACUAAAGCGCCGAAAGAAUCGAUCACAUCCAGACUGGAAGCAAAAUUAGGAUCGGUCCUGCGUCGCAAGUCGACCAAGAAACCAGAGCAGUCCACACAAGAAGAAACUGCUACAAGCCAUAUGCCCAUUCGAGCCGAGCCUCGUGUUCUGCAUGGCCAUACACUUACGAAAGGAGCUACAUUCCGCGAGAUCUGCUAUGCGAUCCGUGACAACGCCUUCGUUGCCAGCGACCUCCCGAUUGUGAUCAGUCUGGAGGUCCAUGCCUGCCUGGAGCAGCAACAGAUGAUGGUGGACAUCAUGAAGGAAGCAUGGGAUGGAAUGUUGAUUGACACGCAGCCGGCAGAAGGCAAACUUCCUUCGUUGGCUGAUCUCAAAAGAAAGAUCUUGAUCAAAACCAAGGGUCUUCCCCUUGAUGGCGACGAUGCGAAACUUGAAUCGGAAGAUACCCUGACACCACAGAAUUCCGAGGAUAAAUCUUCGGAGCAGCAGCCACCAAAGCCAUCAAAGGUGCUCGGGGCCCUGGCCGACUUGGCAGUGUACACUCGGGCGUAUCAUUUCAGCCACUUUGAUCAACCAGAGGCCAGGGUCCCGUUUCAUGUGUUUUCAUUGUCCGAGAAAGCCGCACGCGAGGCCCAUGCCAAUUCCCGCGAUGCCUUGUUCGAGCAUAACCGCUCAUCGCUGAUGCGUAUCUAUCCGUUCGCAUUCCGGGUGAACUCCUCAAACCUCGAUCCGAGCUUCUACUGGCGCCGCGGCGCGCAGCUAGUUGCGUUGAAUUGGCAGAAUCUCGAUAAAGGCAUGAUGCUCAAUCAUGGAAUGUUUGUUGGAUCGCACGGCUGGAGACUCAAGCCAUCCGGCUAUCGGAGCAGCGAUCGCGAAAUAAGCCCCAUCGAGCGUCGCAACUUGACCCUCUCCCUUGAGAUAUACGCAGCCCAGGAUCUGUCCUUGCCACCAGGCGAUCACAGCGAAAAGGGGUUCCGCCCCUAUGUUACCUGUCAGCUACAUGUCGAAGAGCCGGAGGGCGAAGUUACCCCUGACAGGGAUGACGCAAGUUCUGACACAGAGAAAACUAGCUACAAGCGAUGCACGAAGAGCUCCUCGGGUCGGAACCCGGAUUUUGAGGGCCAGAAAUUGGAAUUUCCGACCGUAACUGGGAUUGUUGAGGACCUAAGUUUCCUGAGGUAA